ACACCUUACGUCAUAGACCGGAAAUAGUUGAGAAGACACCCGGACAUUUCUUUUGUACACCGUCGGAAUCUAGUUUUGUAUAAUUUUCUAGAACUCACAAUUUGCUGUUCUAGCUUUUCAUACUGGUUAUUAAGUGGACUAUUGUUAAGCUGUAACUCAGAGAUAUUGCUUAAACUGACCUGGAAUAUUUUUAAGGAAACGCGAGGACUGUGUGUAGUCGUCUCUGGGCUAGGCUACUAUUAGCCUAGCAUUUAACUCUUGCUAGCUAAUAACUUCAGUUUAUGUUGUUGUCAGAGCAGCUGGGAUAAAAUAUCAACUGUUCAGACUCCAAUUAUUAUUAAGAGCGAUUUAAAUACACGUCAAGAAAUAUGGCGGUUGUCAACGAAAGCGCUCUGAAGAAAAUGCUGAAGCAAUAUAAAUACAGAGAUCUGACUGUUCGGGAGAUUACCAACGUCAUCUCCCAAUACAAGGACCUGAAGCCGGUUAUGGAUGCUUAUGUGUUUAAUGACGGUUCAUCGAGAGACCUAAUGAGCUUGACCGGGACUGUCCCUGUGAGUUAUAGAGGCAAUGUCUACAACAUCCCAGUGUGUUUGUGGCUGCUGGACACAUAUCCAUAUAACCCACCUAUAUGUUUUGUAAAACCAACCAGUACCAUGAUGAUUAAGACGGGCAAGCACAUUGAUGCCAAUGGCAAAAUUUACCUCCCUUAUCUACAUGAGUGGAAACAUCCUCAGUCAGACCUGUAUGGCCUGAUUCAGGUGAUGAUUGUCGUGUUUGGAGAGGAGCCGCCUGUGUUUUCCCGUCCCACCACACAACCCCCCUUCCCAAGCUUUCAAGCAGCUGGACCCCCGAACUCUUCAUAUAUGCCUGGCAUGCCUGCAGUCUCACCCUAUGGGCAAAAUCCCAAUCCAGGAGGUUACCCAGCUUACCAGUACCCUGCUGGGAACUCUUAUCCAGCCACAGCUGGACCUGGACACUAUCCAACUCAGACUCCAGUCUCCACAGUGGGGCCAACCAGGGACGGCACCAUUGGCGAAGACACCAUUCGUGCGUCUCUGAUUUCAGCUGUAAGUGACAAACUUCGCUGGAGAAUGAAAGAAGAAAUGGACAGAGCUCAAGCAGAGCUGGAUGCCCUGAAGCGAACAGAGGAAGAUCUAAAGAAAGGGCAUCAGAAGCUGGAGGAGAUGAUCUCCAGACUUGACCAGGAAGUGACUGAUGUUGACAGGAACAUUGAGCUGCUGAAGAAGAAGGAUGAGGAAUUAACCRAAGCCUUGGAGAAAAUGGAGAACCAAUCAGAGAACAAUGAUAUAGAUGAUGUCAUUGUGCCCACAGCUCCUCUGUACAAGCAGAUUCUGAAUCUGUAUGCAGAAGAAAAUGCAAUUGAAGAUACAAUCUUCUACCUGGGAGAGGCCCUGCGCAGAGGUGUCAUAGAUCUGGAGGUUUUCCUCAAGCAUGUACGCCUUCUGUCCAGGAAACAGUUCCAGCUUCGAGCUCUAAUGCAGAAAGCUCGCAAGACUGCUGGCCUAAGUGACCUGUACUGACCCAGAAUGACCGCUCAGAAACAUGCGUAUAUUCACACUCCUACUCUUCUUCCUGCUGUUUAUUUCCUUUCUACAGUCUUCUUGUAUACCAACCAGCUGCCUCUUUUUAACAAGAAAAUGAGAAAAAGCAUUUCUGAAGAAUUCUGUAAUGUUUGACUGUGACCUCUUUUAUAUUUGGCACCAUGGUAGGUCACAAACACAAUCCAGAUGAUCAGCAAUUACUUUGAUUUCAUAAAAAAAAAACCUGGUAUCUGUGAAUUUCAUUGUGUGGUUGAUUUAGGAAGCUGCUUGACGCACAUGAGAGACUGGUGUAAUAUGAGUUAAAGCCUGUGUGUACAGUGCAUGCAGCUUCUACGACAGUAAUGUCCAUGCUGCAGUUGACAUUGGUUUCCACUAAGGCUGGUGAUUUGAAUACAGCAUCCUGCACUCCAUCCAUUAAUAAAUGUGGUCAUUUUGGUGAACUAGAUAUUUUGUCUGGUUAGCCUCAGUAAUAUUGGGGGAAAACUGCUUGAACAGGUUUUAGAGUUCUGUUCCUUUCCCCACACGAAUAUUUAUGUUUCUAAACCAGAAACGCCCACCGAGGGUCCCCUAAAUGACAUGGGCCAGGCCUCAGGUUUUAUGCUGUGGAAGUUGUGGGUUAUAUUUUCUAAUCUUGCAAUCAUGGGGAUCAUUUUUACACAGUGAAGAUUGUAGCCUACAUGGACUUUGUCACAUAUGGGUCAGUUACUGAGCUUCAGUUUUAGCUUCACUGUCUGAUCCUCUACAUUUUCCCCUUCUGAUAGUCCAAAGGUUUUAGAUUAUGUCUCACAAACCCAGGCUUACACAUCAGUUUGAGUGCAUUGAGAAGUCAUUUAAGUCAAGUAGUUUCACUUUGUACAGCCAUGGCAUUUGUAAUAUUAAGGUAUUCUGUUUCCUUUUUGGUUGCUAUCCACUUAUGCUCAGACCUGCUGAGAGCAUUUGGUUCUCACUAAAAGGUUGUGAAUAACAUUGAGGGCUAAAGGGUACAAAAAUAACUAUUAAACUAAUCAAUAUUAAGUUAUGUAAAGUUUUGUCUUUUAAAUUAGCCUUUUACUAAAUGCACUUUGAAUUGUAUCAUAGAAGCUUUUUGUUUUCAAUUCAACCAUAGACCACCUGUUCUUUUAUAUCUGUAGAUUUAUGUAAAGCAUUAAAAAUUAAAGUUGAUUUAAUGAAUUGUCUGAAUUUAUUAUGCAGUAAUAUUUAUAAACUAAAACUUUUGGAAGUCGGUUCUUAUUCAUAGAUAAGAAACAUGAAAAGUACUGGAAAGCGGUAGUUAUGGAAGACCGAUCUUUAAACAUCCACAAAACAGUUUUACACAAACAAGGUCCAGUGCUUUGAGUUUGUGCUAGUUGGGUUUGGCACCACUGAUUUUGGGACUUUAACAUGAACAAAGGGGACCUUGAUCCCAUUUGUCAGCAUCCUUUGACAUUUACCAAAUAUGCCACAUAGUGAUGCUCUACCAGCUGGAAAUAAAUCAAAGACAGACAUCUAUUACUAUUCUGGCAGGUUUACUUGAUGUUACAGCAAAUAAAAAUAUCCAGCUGCCAUGACAAACAGUUUCUCUCAGUGGUACAGUAUAGCUGAACACAGCAGCAUUUAAUGUAUUUUCUGCAUUACAGCCUUAGAUAAUAUAGUCUAUAUUUGGAGUUAAAUAUAAAACCUCUGGGCAAACAAUCUCAGAACUGUAGAUCCUUUUUUUUUUAAACCUCAUCUAAAGGUAAAUAUGUUGGCUGACUAGUCUCCACUGGCUCUCUGGGUAAAUUAGCUCUGUUCCACCAGUAAUCUCACAUGUCAGUGCACUUGUGGUUAGGUUUGCUUCAGUGAACUGCAUUUUUUUAAAAUAUAUAUAAUAAAGGUACUUUUGGUAUCACAGGCUUUUGACCCAGUGAUAAACAAUAUGUGGCAGUGUCAUCAUGACUAUAAGUUGGUAAUGGUCACUCCUUAUAGAGAAUGGAAUGUCUCUGUUACGCUUACAAAACAGAGAUUACCAAGUGGAAAAAUUGACUAGUUACAACCACAGAAUUAAUACAGUGCACAGACAACGCAGCAAAACAAAACAAAA